AUGGUCGACACGGAGGUAGCGAUGGAUGAGUGGUGCGAAUCGGCGGCCGAAGACAUUCAUUUGAACUGUAAUCCUAACCACAGUUGUGUCACUCGUAUCAUGAAUUGUGUCUCACGUGUCGAUAAAUUAAGACUUUUCAAAGAGUUAGUCAAGUAUUCAAAUGAGUUGAUAUACACCGACAGACACUUCUACUUGAAUCGAGUCCGUCAAGAGUUUCGUAAACACAGAGAGUUGACCGCCGAGGAAGACAUUGACUUCUUUUAUCGGGUAUAA